AUGGCGCGCGAAAAAGGCCUAAGACCUUACCAGCUUGACAAUAAGCUGACGCCUUCAGUCUUCUUUCUAGGUCUUCCGACACUCGAGACUCAGGCUUCUCAUUUCCGCAGGUUCUCCGGCGUUCUUGCGCCUCGCGCACUUGGUCCAUUUGGUGUUUGUAUCGCACCGACUCCUGGCUCCAUGGCAUUGGCCGCAUCGACUCAUUUUCAAGGCAAGGCUUCCUUGUUCUUUUGUCCGCCGUCUUGUCUCGAUUGGUUCCUCUCGGAAUUCUUCGACAUUGACUGCCAUGCCAUUCCUCUCUUUACUUGCCAGCUCCGUGCUGAUGGAGGCUGUUCUCCAGGUUUCGCUACCAGGGCAUGA